UUUGACUUUUUGAUGUGUUGCUUCCAUAUACUUUCUUACAGCAUAGUAAUAUUCCAUGUACAUGAACCACAAUUUCUUUAACCAUUCCCCAAAUGAUAGGUAUCUACACUGUUUUCAAUUCUUAGCUACAAAAAGCACUUUUAUCAAUAUUUUGGAGUUUAUUGGGAAUUUUUUCAUACAGAUGGCUUCCUUGGGGAAUAAGCUCUGGUUCAUAGGGUAUGCAUACCAUCCAACUUAUUUGCAUAAUUCCAAAUGGUUGUACAAAUUCACAGUUCUACCAACAAUGUAUCAUCAUGCCUAUUUUCUACAACCCCUACCACAUUUUAAAAUUUAUCAUAUUUAUUUUAAUAACAAAUUUCCACAUAAGUUUUAAGAAGUUAUAUGAUCCAAAUUGUCUCCCUCUCGUCUUCCCUCCCCCCUCCUGGUUCUGGCAAGCAAUUUGAUCUGGAUUAUAAAUGUAUUAUCAUGAAAAACAUAUUUCCUUCCAUAGUAUUCAUUUUUGUAAGUGAAUGAUCUUAUAAAAUCAAAAUCCCAAAACAUAUACCCAAAUAAACAAAUGAUAAAAUCACAUGGUCUGCAUUCCUACUCCAACAGUUCUUUCUCUAGAGGUAGGUAGCCUUCUUUGUCAUAAAUCCCUCAGAAUUGUCCUGGACCAUUGUAUUGCUGCUAGUAGCAAAGUCUAUCAUAUUUGACCCUAACACAUUUUUGCCAGUUUCAUUAUUUUUUUUGACAGUUUUCAAGGUGAGGAGGGUAUUCCGGGGUUGGGGUACAGCCAAUAAAUACAAAAUCUGCGGCAUUUAUCUUUUACGUAGUAAACAAGUUGAAGCAGGACCCAAGCCUGCACCUUGAAGCUCAUGGCCAGGAGGGGUGGUGACAUCUACACCAGGAAAGGUGGCAAGAUUAAGGGAUCCAAACUAAAGGACACCCUAUACACCCCAUCCUCUGGCCCUUCAAACUCGGGAUAGUCCAUAAAAAACAAUACCCACUCUGAGGCCAGCGGUAGACACCCACAGGGACAAAAUUAACAUGUGAAUGGGGCGCCAAUGAUGGCUGAUUAACUCCCACAAGGUGGAAGAGGGUGAUCUAAUUCGAGCACAAAACUCGAACCCCACUCCGCCUCCACGCGACCAAACGGUCUUCCGCUACCGAGAGGCCUAGUGGGCCAUGCUUGAAUCUCCGAGACCUCGCCUCACUCCACGCACGUACUCACGCACGCACGCGCGCUGACACCAUCAAGCGGCACUUGGCCCCCGCCCCAUUCCGUCCCCAUCCCACUCGGCUCCUUCCUUCCACCCUCCCCUUCCCCCUUUUUACUUCUCUUUCCCCACCCUACUCCUUUCCUCCCUCCUCCCCUUCCCAUUCAGUCGCUCCUGGUCCUUCCUCCUCCCGUCCUUUUUCUCUCACUCCUCCUUCCCACCCCUCUAUGCCCGAUUUGUCCCUCCCCCUCUCCUUGUCGCUCUGAGCCCUGCCCCUUCCGCUCCUUUACCCAAUCGCUCUCUUCUUCGUUCUUCCUUUUCUUAAACCUUCCCCGCCUCUUUCUCUUUUCUCUCCUCCCCUUCCGUCCCCUUCUCUCCUCCCCUCCCCAUAUAGAUCCUCUCCGUCCCGCCUUCGUCUCCAUCCCUCCCCUCCCUUCCCAAUUUCUCUCUUUCCUUUCCCCCUCCCUCCCUCCCCUACCUCUCUGUCUCCACCCUUUCCCCCUCCCUCUCUCAGGCACUCCCUCCUUUUUUCUCCUCCCUUCUCUCCCUCCCUCUUUAGUACCCCCCCCACCUCCCCAGAGGUCUUUCUGUGCCCAGCGAACGGCGUGUUGCUGCGUCAUCGUCAGGGGCCGGUUUGAAUGAGACUCAAGAGUUGCGCCGGAGCCUCCUUUGCCGCCGCCGGAUCUCCAGCCCUGCCCGAACCGCUCCCGUCGCAGCCACAGCCGCUUCUUCUAGUUCGUCUCCUCGUUUUCCUUCCCCUCCUCAGUUGCCCCCUGUCCCGGGCCUCCUGUGCCGCCGCUUCCCUCAGCCAUGCCGCUCUUCUCAGUUAAUGUAAAAUGGGGAAAAGAAAAGUUUGAUGGUGUAGAACUGAAUACUGACGAACCUCCCAUGGUAUUCAAGGCUCAGCUUUUUGCACUGACAGGAGUCCAGCCUGCUAGACAGAAAGUUAUGGUGAAAGGAGGCACUCUGAAGGAUGACGAUUGGGGAAACAUCAAGAUAAAGAGUGGAAUGACUCUGUUAAUGAUGGGAUCAGCAGAUGCUCUGCCUGAGGAACCCACAGCUAAAACUGUUUUCGUAGAAGACAUGACGGAAGAACAGCUAGCAUCUGCUAUGGAAUUGCCAUGUGGAUUGACAAAUCUUGGUAACACCUGUUACAUGAAUGCUACAGUUCAGUGUAUUCGCUCUGUGCCAGAACUCAAAGAGGCCCUUAAAAGAUACGGGGGUGCCUUGCGAGCUUCAGGGGAAAUGGCUUCAGCUCAGUAUAUCACUGCAGCCCUUAGAGAUUUGUUUGAUUCCAUGGACAAAACUUCUUCCAGUAUUCCACCUAUUAUUCUGCUGCAGUUUUUGCAUAUGGCUUUCCCACAGUUUGCAGAGAAAGGUGAUCAAGGACAAUAUCUUCAACAGGAUGCUAAUGAAUGUUGGGUACAAAUGAUGCGAGUAUUACAACAAAAACUGGAAGCUUUAGAAGGUGAUUCUAUUAUGGAGACAGAUGGUGAAUCACCAGCUGCAGCAGCACCAGCACCUUCUAAAAAGAAAAGUUUAAUUGAUCAGUUCUUUGGUGUUGAGUUUGAAACUACCAUGAAAUGUACAGAAGCUGAAGAAGAGGAAGCCACCAAAGGGAAGGAGAAUCAGCUCCAGCUAAGCUGCUUUAUCAAUCAAGAAGUCAAGUAUCUGUUUACAGGACUUAAAUUGAGACUUCAGGAAGAAAUCACCAAGCAGUCUCCAACAUUGCAAAGAAAUGCUUUGUACAUAAAAUCUUCUAAGAUUAGCCGGCUGCCUGCUUACCUUACUAUCCAAAUGGUUCGAUUUUUUUACAAAGAGAAGGAAUCUGUGAAUGCCAAAGUUCUUAAGGAUGUGAAAUUUCCUCUUAUGUUGGAUGUAUAUGAACUAUGUACACCAGAACUUCAAGAAAAAAUGGUCUCCUUUCGGUCAAAAUUCAAGGAUCUAGAAGACAAAAAAGUAAACCAACAGCCAAAGACAUCUAGCAAAAGCAGCGGGGCACAGAAAGAAGCAAAAUAUGAGCCAUUCUCUUUUCCUGACGAUAUUGGCUCUAAUAACUGUGGUUAUUAUGACUUACAAGCAGUGCUAACACAUCAGGGAAGGUCUAGUUCUUCAGGCCAUUAUGUAUCAUGGGUGAAAAGGAAACAAGAUGAAUGGAUUAAGUUUGAUGAUGAUAAGGUCAGCAUUGUUACACCAGAAGAUAUCUUGCGGUUAUCUGGUGGUGGAGACUGGCACAUAGCUUACGUUCUGUUAUAUGGGCCUCGCAGAGUUGAAGUAAUUGAAGAAGAAACUUCACAGUAAUCAUCAUCUUAGCUAUCUCUGACUAGGUGUGGAAUAAAUGUUGUUCGUUGAUCAUUUCUAAACCCCAGAGCUUUUAGAAGAAAUUUUAGGUGGUUCUACAUGGUUUCCCCUCAUGUGGAGCCAAGAGGGUGAAAUCAGACUUGAAAUUUGUUCCAUGUAUUAACAAAAAAAAAAACUAAACUAAAAACAAGACACAGAAAAGAGUUUAUCUUUGGACUCUGCUGCCCCUGUAUAAAAGUAGCAAGCAGGAAGACUUUUUUUUUUUUAAAGGCUUAUUUCAUUGCAUAAUUUUUUUAAAAAAAAUUUUAACGGAAAUGCCUUUCAACCACUACCUUCUGUCCUGGUGUUCAAUAUCUCUUUCUGCCUUUUCUAGCCCAAGAUUCAGCAAUCAGAUAUUUAUUGCACACCUAUUAUUAUUCCAUCAUUUGUUGUUAUUCUUGCAUGGUUCAAACCACCAUUCAAUAGCUGCCCAUCCUUUUGCCUUAUCUAACAAAGUUUUGCCAGAAGGUGGAAGGGAGUGUGUUGCCCUUGUUGUGUAACUCAGUGCUGCUGCCCAUAGUCCAUGGAAACAUGGCUACAAUCAAGUAUUUGUCCAGCCUGACCUGCUGACUCAGUUUGUUCUGUUGCUGGCAUUUCAUGACUUCAAAAUAAAUUGUGAUCAAUAAGAGUA